CGCUGUCCCUUCCGUAUCAUCGCAGCAACCGCAAUUCGAGACGAACAUAUCACAGCCAAGCGACCAGAGGCAGAGCCAGAGGCAGCGCAAGCCUCACAUCCCCGCCGGCCGCGACGUGAAGCACGCGAGAAGGCCGCGCCGCCACGGUUCGUUGGCUGACCGACACCAAAGACAUCCAAUACACACAGUACCGGCAAACGGGACCUCGCUUUCCUUCAUUCCGCGUGCACACUCGCGUGAAUAUGCUUGAUCGGCCGGACUCAUGCAAAUGAAUGGAGACUCUCCACGCACACGAUAGCCCUUUAGCCGCGUAUCUGGAAGGCGAGGGAACCUUUGUCGAGCCCGACUUGAUCGGCAUUGACGAAUCGCGUUCAGAAGACGCAUCACACCCCGCGCCGAGCAGCAAGCCCAAGCCCGCGAGAAAGUCGUUCGCGCCGCCAUCGAGACUCCAACUUCACCCACGCCUCCGAAUACCUCCCAGCCUACCGCCGAGUGCCGUCGUACACGUCCCGCAGAGCGCUCUCACUAGGAUACAUCAUGCUUGGUCAUCAGCUGUCAACUCCAGGUUAGGAGCUUCAGACAAUGCCAAGUUCCUAGAGCACUUCCGCUACACCAUCGUAGCCUCGCAAUUGCUUAACGAGUAUCUCGAUCAUGGCUCUCUGAACCCUGUCUCCACACCAUUAUUACCAAGUCUGGGCGUCGAAGGCACGAGCGAUGUACUCGAAGAGCCGAGAGAUAAUGCCAAUCUCGUUGGCGCACUAUCAGCCGCUGCGCUUGCCUUUGCACUGGUGCUUCUCAUAGACUGGCUUCGCGCACGUCGAAUGAGCAAGAGCAAGGUCCUAUUAGUGCUUACGGCACUGGCAAUAGCUGCAUUUAUCGCAUAUGCCUACCUGCGUCGACAGUGGUUGCAGAGUCUGAGACGCCAAGUUGUUCAGACUGCAACACGUCUGACGACCAACUGGCAGGCAUAUGAGCUUUCCAGUAGUUCAGCGCUGUCUCUCAUCCAGGAAGUCGAGCUGGUGUCAAAAGGAUACAGGCUGAGCACACCUUUGCCACCGGCCACACGCAUCGAAGAGAACAGUCCCGCUAGGAGGUGUUCUAAGCUACGCGCAGCACUGCACAAAGCGUAUGCUGGCACGAUCCCGAAGUGCAUCGAAGCAUGCGCUGCGCUCCGAGCAUUGAUUGACGAUGAUGACCUGGAGAAGUACUUCGAGAUCUACGACAUCAGUCCGCAGGAUGCUCGAGAGGCUUCUGGCACGAGCUCAUUGUGUAUCCUAGAGGACGACCCAGAGUCGCUCAAGUCUCUUCGCGUCCUCAGCUAUCGGUCAGGCGUCCUUCGAAGGGUGACAUUAUGCUCACUCAUGGCCUUAGAAGCCGACGGUGGCAAAGCUGAUUUCCGACGGUGGCGUGUCGCUACUGCAGUCAUGGACAAACUCAGCAGGAGUAUCGCUUGCUCUACUGAGCGGGUCCGGAAGCUGCUGACAGAUAUGGAGAACUUCAAUUUACCCUCCCCAGCAAAAUUUGCCAACACUGCAGUUCGUGAGAAGAUGCGUGGUCAAGUGCGCAAGAUCAGCGCCCUUGGCACCGGCAUCAGAGGUCUGCAGACCAAAAUGCAGAUCUUGCGCGAGGAGACAAACAACUCAAUCGAGCAAUCCGACGACCUCACUGAUCUCGGCCCGACACUGAUGGCCCAAUACGAAGCAAUCGGAGCGGACUUGAAAGAGCUUCUUCAAGCUUGGGAGACUGGCCAGCAGUCUCUGCAGAACAACAUCACGCGACACGAACAUCGGAUAUCCUUGGCCUCAAGUGGGCUGAGAUCACCUGUGUCGAGCCUUGGCGGACUUACUGCAGUCGAAGAAGUAGAAGGUUCUCCUGCCGAUGCGCUCAAAGUGUUGAACGGAGAUUCGAGUGGUUCAAGAUCGAAUCGAUCUAGCCUGAAUACUUCUAAUAAUUCCGACGAGGAAUUGGUCUUUGAAGCCGUGGCGCUGCCUAGGCAGCGGGCGACAACGCUCACACGCGAAGAGCGCAUAGCGAAGAUGCACGAAGAGCGCGCAAAGCAAGCUGACCUUCGCGCUAAGCGAGAUGCAAACACAAGCAUGCUGCGCGAGCUGGAGUCCGUCAUUAACCUGAGACCGAAGAAGACUGCUGCGAAUGGGAAUGGGUCUGCACGCGUCACUUCUCUUUGACGCCAUUCUUUGCCGCCGGUCCUGGAAACACAGGAUCCGGAAAGAAAUAACUAACCCUCUGAUUGCUGUAUAGCAUUUCUAAGGCGCAUAUAAUUAGUCAGGGCAUAUGAGAUACCCUUCUGAGUAUAGACAGGACAGUUUAAGGGAUCACAUUGGAUAUUAGCAUGGCGUUCUGGGUACAGACCGAGCUUGAAGACGGCCACAGUAUUGGGCAUCUGGCGGUGGUACAUAUUGUGUAUGAGACAUAACUUCAGCUGUGGCCACUUCCUUGGCACGACGACUUGACCGUAAGCC